CCGGGCCACAUGUCACGAAAGCUGAACCCGACCGAGCGAAAUUAUCCUGUCCACGACAAGGAGUUACUUGCUAUCGUUCACGCUUUUAAAGUAUGGUGCUGCUAUGUGACAAGCAUUGACGUAACAGUCCAAACAGACCACAAGUCGCUACAGUUCAUCCGCGUCCAACCGACACUGAAUCCCCGACAGAUUCGCUGGCUCAACUACCUCGAGUCCAAUUUCCACUACAAAGUCACCUACAUACGAGGGGUUAGCAACAUCGCCGACGCACUGACCCGCCCCUCGGUCCACACAGCCGCACAAGGGACCCAUUAUCUAAAAUCCGGUACCAAUCGGAUUUGGGUUCCCACCUACCGUACCCUGCGAAAAUUACUGAUCCAUGAGGCACAUGACUUUAAUUUCUCGGGUCACUACAGCAUCGACAAAACCACAAAAUUACUGAGCCGUAAUUAUUACUGGCCCAACCUACCAACAGAUGUGCAGCAGUACGUCACCUCCUACGCUACGUGUCAACGCAUGAAGUCUUCUCGACUUCAACCUGCUGGAUUGCUGCAGCCGCUCGAGCCACCCAGCCGACCCUGGCAACAAGUGACGAUGGACUUCGUCACUGGCCUGCCAGCUGGUUCAAGCGGUAACGACACGAUCCUUGUCGCCGUUGACCGGUUGACCAAAAUGACCCGUUUCGCUGCCUGCAAAACGACAACUACUGCCGAGCAGACAGCGAAAACAUUCCUCACAAACAUCGUACGGCAAUCAUCAGCGAUCGUGACCCACGGUUCACGUCCAACUUAUGGACAAAAACAUGGCAGCAGUACGGCACACAUUUGCAUCUGUCUACGGCGUACUACCCGCAAUCGGAUGGUCAGACUAGCGCACCAACCAGACGAUGGAGCAGCUGAUUCGCACGACAUGCACAGACCUGGCCUAAUGGGAAGACGCCCUUCCCUUGAUCGAGUUUGCGUACAAAAAUGCCCCAUCGGCCACGAGUACUCAGUCCCCGUUCUUCCUUGAUUAUGGGAUAUAUCCAACAACCCCUCUA